AUGGAUAUUGAACUACAGGCUCUUGCAGAAAACCAAACAUGGGAGGUUGUUGAACUUCAUCCAGGAAAAGUUCCCAUAGGCUGCAGGUGGGUAUACAAAAUCAAAUAUAAGGCUGAUGGUUCUAUUGAGAGGUAUAAAGCUAGGCUGGGCUGGCGUAUGGAACAGUUGGAUGUUAAUAAUGCCUUCCUUCAUGGUGACUUACAUGAAGAGGUAUAUAUGACACUCCCUCCUGGUCUCACUUCAGCUGUUCCAUCUCAGGCUGAUCAUUCUCUCUAUGUUAAAUCUACCAAGGAUACUUUCACUUCCAUCCUUGUCUAUGUCGAUGAUAUUGUGUUAACCGACAAUUCUUUACAUGAGAUUCAUCAUGUUAAACACAUACUUGAUGAUAAGUUCAGGAUUAAAGACCUUGGCCAGCUCAGGUUCUUUUUGGGUUUUGAGAUUGCUAGAUCUUCAAAAGGUAUUUUCAUGAACCAGAGAAAAUACACUCUUGAGCUUUUGGAAGAUACAGGUUUUCUGGCAGCCAAGCCUUCUUCUAUUCCCUUUGAUCCCAAUCUCAAGCUUUCUCCUACUGAUGGUGAACUUUUGCCUGAUCCUACCUCCUACAGACGGUUGAUUGGCAGGUUAAUCUAUCUCACCAACACUAGGCCUGAUAUAUCUUUUGCAGUGCAGCACUUGAGUCAAUUUGUAUCUAAGCCCCUUGUUCCACAUUAUCAGGCUGCAACCAAAAUUCUAAGGUUUUUGAAGAGCUCUCCAGCCAAAGGUAUAUUUCUUUCAGCUUCUAGUCCUCUCAAACUGUGUGCCUUUGCUGAUUCUGACUGGGUUAGAUGUCCUACCACAAGAAAAUCCAUCACUGGAUUUUGUGUUGUUCUUGGUAAUUCCUUGUUAUGCUGGAAGUCUAAGAAGCAGAAUACUGUGUCCAGAUCCUCCACAGAAGCUGAAUACAGAGCCUUAACUUCUCUCACUUGUGAGAUUCAAUGGCUGCAAUUUCUCUUUAAUGACCUAAUGGUACAGCUUUCACAGCCAGCAUCUGUAUAUUGUGAUAGAAAAUCUGCCAUUUACCUUGCGCAUAACCCUAUAUUCCACGAAAGAAGUAAACACAUUGAGCUCGAUUGCCAUGUGAUUCGAGAGAAAAUCGUUUCCAGGCUCAUCCACUUGCUUCCUGUUUCCACCAAUGACCAGCUAGCAGAUGUUUUCACAAAGCCUUUGCAUUCUCCUGCUUUUUCCUCUAUCCUUUACAAGUUAGGACUCUGCACUAUCCACAAUCCAACUUGA